CUAGGCGGCGGCGGCUGGCGUGGGGCUCCUUAGAUGCGCCACCGCUUCGGUAGCGACUGUCUCUUCAGUCGUCUGUGAGCGUUGUCAGCCCCUCCCCCAGGAGACCGUUGCAGUUGGCCACCGCCUGCUCCUCGGUAACCAUGUGUGAUCGAAAGGCCGUGAUCAAAAAUGCCGACAUGUCGGAGGAGAUGCAACAGGACUCGGUGGAGUGUGCGACUCAGGCAUUGGAGAAAUACAACAUAGAGAAGGACAUUGCGGCCCAUAUUAAGAAGGAGUUUGACAAGAAGUACAACCCCACCUGGCACUGCAUCGUGGGGAGGAACUUCGGUAGUUAUGUGACACAUGAAACCAAACACUUCAUCUACUUCUACCUGGGCCAGGUGGCCAUUCUUCUGUUCAAAUCUGGUUAAUCGCAUGGACUGUGUCACAUACCCAGUGAUCCAUCCAAAAACAAGGACUGCAGCCUAAAUUCCAAAUACCAGAGACUGAAAUCUUCAGCCUUGCCUAGGGGAACACCUCAAUCUUUGAACCUUUUAUUGUGUUGUUUUGUACAGGGCAUUCUCUGUACGAAUUUGUUGUGGUUAUAAAACAAUUCGCAAAACAGCUUACAUUUGUAUUUAUUUUCUAUUCCAUACCUCUACCCCAUGUUUUUCCUCCUCAAAAUCCAUUCCUUUCAAGAAAUAAAUCUGUUGGAGAAGUG